AUGCCGAUGCUCCAGGAGCCGUGGAAGAAGUACCAUGCGUUCAAGCCGCUGAACCUGCCGGAUCGCUCCUGGCCGAGCAAGACCAUUGACAAGCCGCCGCGGUGGCUGUCAACGGACCUGCGCGACGGCAACCAGAGCUUGGUCGACCCCAUGGACGGCGAGCAAAAAUGGGCCUACUUCCAGAUGCUCGUCAAGCUCGGCUACAAGGAGAUCGAAGUCUCCUUCCCCUCCGCCUCCCAGACCGACUUCGACUUCACACAGCGCCUGAUCCGAACCCCCGGCAUCGUCCCCGACGACGUCUGGGUGCAGGUCCUCUCGCCAUGCCGCAAGGAGCUCAUCCGCCGCACCGUCGACUCUCUCAAGGGCGCCAAGAAGGCCAUCCUCCACCUGUACCUCGCCACGUCGCCCUGCUUCCAGAACAUUGUCUUCAACAUGAACAACGAGGAGAGCAAGGCUCUGGCCGUCGAGUGCACAAAAUAUGCGAGGUCCAUCACAAAGGAUGACCCGGAGCAAGCUGGAACAGAAUGGGCAUACGAGUUCUCGCCAGAGACCUUCUCCGACACUUCACCCGAAUUCGCUGUCGAGGUAUGCGAGGCGGUCAAGGCAGCGUGGGAGCCCAGCGUGGAGAACCCCAUCAUCUUCAAUCUGCCCGCGACGGUUGAGAUGAGCACGCCCAACGUGUACGCAGACCAGAUCGAGUACUUUUGCAGGAAUAUCAGCGAGCGCGAGAAGAUUGCCGUCAGUCUGCACCCACACAACGACCGCGGCUGUGCGGUUGCCGCAGCAGAGCUGGCACAGAUGGCGGGUGCCGACCGGGUUGAGGGAACGCUGUUCGGCAACGGCGAGCGGACGGGCAACGUCGACUUGGUAACACUGGCUCUGAACCUGUACACACAGGGCAUCCACCCGGGCAUCGACUUCUCCGACAUCACAUCCGUCAUUGACAUGGUCGAGUCGUGCAACAAGAUCCCAGUACAUCCCCGGCAACCCUACGGUGGCCAGCUGGUUGUGUGUGCCUUCAGCGGAUCCCACCAAGACGCUAUCAAGAAAGGGUUCGCGAAGCGGAAACAGGAAGGCGCUACAAACGAGAGCCGCUGGCAGGUUCCCUACCUCCCGCUCGACCCACAGGACAUUGGUCGUACUUACGAAGCUAUCAUACGCGUCAACUCGCAGAGCGGCAAAGGCGGUGUGGCCUGGAUCAUCCAGCGCCAACUGGAGCUCGAUCUUCCCCGAGGCCUGCAGAUUGCCUUUUCCAAGAUUGUUCAGCGCGAAACCGAUAUGCUCGGCCGCGAGCUCCUCCCUACCGAAAUCACCAAGCUGUUCGAAAAGGCCUACCACCUCAAGCACAACCCGCGCUUCGCCCUCGUGGACUACGACAUCACUGCCGACCGCUCCAAGUCGCCCGCACCUCCGGAGGCUGGCAAGACAGCAUCCUCACGCAACCUGCGGCGUCUGUUCCGCGGUGUCAUCGAAAUCGAUGGCCAGGAGCACCGCAUCCAGGGUACCGGAAACGGUGCCAUCAGUUCCCUUGCUGAUGCUUUGAGGAAUUUGGGCAUCGACCUCGACGUUGCUGAAUACAAGGAGCACACCAUCGGCUCAAACAAGGAUGCUAAGGCGGCAACGUACAUAGAGUGUACGGCGGCAGGCAGCAAACAGAGGGUAUGGGGCGUGGGUAUCCACCACGAUGUUGUCCAGGCUUCCCUGAUUGCGCUGCUCUCAGCGGCUUCUACCUUCCUAUCCUCAAGGCCUUCAUCACCGGUGCCUUUCCGCCCUAAGCGCUCCAACACGAACGAUCUCCCUAGCCCAGAAUCAAGUCCGGGGCGAAACAACGUCAGCAGCACGGACAGCAACAAAGAUGUAGAGGCGAGUCCGCUGGUAAGUCGUCUGGAGGCCAGCGUAAACGGAACGCAAUAA